CACCUGAUCACUUCAGAAGUAGUCCCAGAAGAAACAUGCGUUCUAUCGACAAUCAGUCUGAUGAAUCGGAGACAUCAAGUGUGUGUUCGGAGAGAUCUGAGAGAUCAUUUGAUUCCUUCAAGAGGCCCUGUGAUGAUAUCAACCAAAUCAUAGCUAUGUGUGCUAGCACCAACUGGCAAGAAAGGAAAGACGGUCUACUCUCCUUGCAGUACUAUCUCGCCAACGAAAUAUCUUUAACGGAGGGAGAGCUGAAACACCUCACAGAAAUAUUCACCCGUAUGUUCAUGGAUUCUCACACCAAAGGUUUGAGCGUAUUUCUAGACACUUUACACGAAGUGAUAAAAUUAUAUAAAACCGGAUUAGACUAUUGGUUGUACGUAUUACUGCAGAGGGUAUUUCUGAAAAUCGGCACGGAAACGCUCAGUUCCAUCCUGAGUAAGCUGAUGGCCACCUUGGAACUCAUAAGGGUUAGUUUUCCCAUCAAACCCCUCAUAGCGAACGUUUAUAGAUUUUUGAUAGAUGCCACUCAAACCCCGAACACAAGAGUGAAGACUGUCGUUAUGAAUUUUUUAACGUCACUAUGUAAUAACCCCGAUGCGGCGCAACACAUUUCCCAGACACCCGCUCCUCAGGCGCUAAGGAAGAUCAUCACUUAUGCUCAAGACACCAAAUCGAGCGAGACGAGACACGCCGCCAAAACGUGCAUUGUGGCCCUGUGGAAUUGCAACACACCGCAGGUCACUAUGAUGCUGGCCGAGAUGCCCAAAGACAUGCAGGAUCUGGCAUCCAACGCCGUUCAGAAUCACAUGAGGAAGAGUUCUAGUAACAGCGAACCAGGGAGUCCCGUCGUGUUGGGCAGUCCGAAGCUGUACUCGCCUGUCGUUUCGCCGCUUCGGGACGGAAUCGAUCAAGAGGAGAUUUACAGAAGUUUGAGGAAAACUACGGCUGAGAUUCAGAAUUAUAGUUUCGAAACUUUAGGUUCUAAAUUAGAUAGGGAUAGAGAUACAACCUCGCAAGAUUCCGGUAUAUCCCAGAUGUCAUUGGGUAAUGACGUGGGAAAAGAUAUCAAUUUAAUUGAAGAAAGAUUAGAUGAUCUUCACCUUAGGUCAAAUUUCAAUAUUAGAUCAGGGCCUAGAUCGUUACCGUUCCCAUCGGUAAAUGGUAUUACUGAGACUGAUUCUAAUGGAUUUAGAAGUUUAGGAGAAAUAAAAGACUCUGAACAUGUCAUAAUGAACAUUAUAGAGACCUGUUUGAUCGACGUUCCUACUCCCAAAGAGGAUAAAAGGAAAUUACUUAUCCAAUUACAUGAAAUGAUCAAAUCCGGUCAGACAGAGCAUGUCAAGAAAAAUUUCAAGUAUGUUCAAGUUAUGAAAGAAGCGGAAGCAACAGCUGCAGCAAUGAUUGUGUGUCCUUUUGAAACUGUAGUGUCCACAUUAGCACCUUUAAUUCGGACUAGCCCAUAUCCAGGCUUAUUAGGAGCAAUAAAAAUGUUAACAAAAUUGAUAGAGGCUAAUCCAGCAGAAGUUACUGAUGAUCACUUGGGAAAAAUAAUGCCAGGACUUAUCAAGGGCAGUGAUCAUCAAGAAAGCCCUGUUAGGAAGAGUUCCAUAUUUUGUAUGGUUGCAUUAUAUAAGGCUGUAGGAGAGGAGAGAUUAUCACCGUUCAUCAACCAUUUGGCCGGCAGCAAGGUCAAGUUACUGAGAUUGUACAUAAGCAGAUCAGAACAAACUUCGUCGGUGCCGACAAGUCCGAAAAAUAACAGUAGCUAGUCUUUGAACAAAAAAAAUAAAACCUCACGGUUGACUUCCAACAUUGUUUGGACUAUAUACGUAUAAGGUACUGAAUAUCGUUGACUAUUCUUUUUGAAUUAACGCUUUUUUAUGUCAGUUUUUCUUCGAAGGUAUAAAUAUUUUGUUCUGAGAACUAGGCAGUAAGUUGAAAGAAAAAAUUUUCAUUUUCAAUAUUGAGUAAAUAUUCCAUUCAUCACAUUUUUUUUACUUGUAAGUCCCCACAAAUUUACUUCUGUUUUAAAUGUAUUCAUUGUAUUUGAUGUUGGCUGCUGUAUUUUAACUUUCAAUCAGAUUGUUGAAUAUUUUGUGGUAAAUUUUUUGAUUUACAAUAUGUUAUGGUUCACAUUUUUAUGUUAGAAGUCUUAUAUAUAAAUUCUUCGUUUGAAAUAUGCAGUCAUGUUCUGUAUUGUAUGUUUGGAUAAAUAUUUUAAAAUGUUUUCAACUACUUUCGUAUACUCUGCAGAAGUAGUCAUUCGUUAGGAAAUUAUGUCAAUGAUGUAAUUACAGCAUUCGAACAAAGGAUAUUGUUUUUUACAAUUAUUUCUGUAAAACUCAAUAAAAUCUCCCGUUCGAAUGUUUUGAUAUAAUUUCUGAAUAUUGUUGGAGGAGUAUGUGGAUUAUAAAAAUUCUGUAUUUUGAAAUAAUGAAAAUUACAUUCACAAAUCACUAUAAGUUGAUAUCUCAGCAAAACAAUCAGUUCCAUUUCAAAAAAAUCUAUUGAAUCUCUUCUCAAAUUUUUCAAAAUUCCAACCUAAAUUUUCUGGGACAUUGUGAACGCUCAGUUUAACACGAGUUCUGUUGAAAACUUGCUGACACUUUUUCCAUUUAGAAUACUGACUGAAUUCAAACUGAAUCCUUAAUUUACAAAAUGAUGUAAUAAUAUCAAAAAUUUUCAUGUGUUGAUGAAAAUAAUACUGAGAAAUUAUUUUUCGAAUAUGUUUCAUUAGAAUUCAUAAAUCAACAUCAGACCAUAGCUAUUAUGAUCAAAUUGUGAUUGAUAUUGCUGUCUGUGAAAUUAUGGAAAACAUUUAUUUAAUGAAACAUUCAAAAAAAGUAAGGGCACAAUGUCAAUAUCAGUAAAUGAGAAAAUUGUGAAUUAUACUUUUUUGCUGGUGGAGCUUCCGAGCGAAUUAUUUUUUAUCUGAAAAUGCAGUGUAAAGGAUUCAAAGAAAAAUGUUCGUUCUGGAGAAUGUAACUUCACAUAGUUACAGAAAGCUUUCACUGUUUUGUGAAAUUCAUAUUUACCAAAAAAAUCUUUCAUUUCGCACAGUUCUUGAUUGAUGGAGAAAUUUCACACAAUGUGACAGUUUUGUCAUGUCAAUAUUGUUGUAAUAUAAAGCAAAAAUGAUACAGUAAGUUGGAACUUGAACAAGAGCCACUAAAGUAGAUUCACCUGCUAAAUUCCAAUAAAAAACUAGUUACUGUAAACUUGAGAACGUUUUUGAAAAUUUUGUCAAUCACUUUUAUGUCAGUUUUUCACUAGUCAGCUUAAAACAUCAGAAAUCAUAUUCAGUUCUGGAUUUGGAAGCUGUUCAAAGUUUUUGUGAUGGUUAUUAGUUUUUUAACUGUGUACAUAUUCUGAUUUUGAUGUUUUAUAGUUGUAAGAUAAUAUGUAUCUCUUUAUUUAUUUUAAGAAUGUUGAAAUCUCUAUUGAUUUUCUGUUUAAGUGUUUUGUCGCAAAAUAUUUCUACUCUGAUGUUAAUAAAUGAACUUGGCUGCGUUAGAAAAUAUUUUGAAUCUUUAUUGUUGUGAUUGAUUGAACUUCUCAUAUUUUUAAUGCACAGUUUUAGCAUUUUUGACAUAGUUAUAGAUUUACAAAUAUACAAACUUACUGUUUUUUUAUAGAACAAAUCUUAUUAUGUAGCUUGAAAGAUGAAAUAUUUUAUAUGCCAAAAAUAUUGAAUAAUGUAUUAAUUGAAAUAAUGUGCUAUAAUUAAUUUUUUAAAUAUUCUUAGAUAUUUGUAUAUAAAGUAGUCUAGCCGUAGAUCGAUGAUUCCUUCGAGUAGCUUCUCCAUGUGAACAUUCUACUGUUUCUAAUGACUAUUAACUACCCUUCAUGUAAUUAAUAAAUAUUGUAAUUGUG